GUACUAUUACAACAGCCAGUGAGUGUCAUGGCUGCUGAUGCUGCUUCAAGUUACCACAGUUUAUCUGACAUCCAGUUUAAGGAAGGACUCACUUUAAUUGAAGAACUAUCUCCUCAAGAGAAAGACAAAGUGUUAGACCUUGGCUGUGGGACAGGUCGUUUGACUCAAGUACUGGCAGAGAGAGUGGGGCCAGAAGGACUGGUCGUUGGGAUUGACCCUGAUGAAGAAAGGAUAAAGGUGGCAAUAGAAGAGAAGGGACAUGGAAGGAGUAACUUAAUAUUUGUUGUAGCUGAUGACCAAAGCUUCCCUGAGGAUCAGUAUGACAUGGUGUUCUGUAGCAACGUCAUACACUGGAUAAAAGAGAAGGAGAGAGUGUUUGAGAGAGUCUACAAGAACCUCAGACCAGGAGGAAGGUUUGGGUUUAUAGCAAUGCACAAUUUUAAAGAGCACGAUGAUCUUGCCACGGAAGUAAUAAAACUGGGGAGUUCUCAAGAAGUACUUGAUAAAUUAAAGAGCUCGUUUUAUUACGAACCUUUGGAAUAUUACAAGAAACUAGCAGCCGAUUAUAACUUUGAGAUUAGGCACGAGGUCAUUAAUGAAGCAAGUUAUCAAUUCGCAGGAAUUGAUGAGUUUAUUGAGUUCCUUUACGGGACUCUACAAGGACAGUUUGAUAAGAGUAGCAAGAACCUUAAGGAGAUAAGGAAGAGAUAUCGACCAGGGGACAUCAUUAACUGGCCAUCACCAUACCUGACACUAAUACUCACUAAACCUUGAUUGAACUACUUGAUGUACUGUAGCUAUAGGUAACACAAAGCUGUUUAAGUAAUUAUUGUAUUAAUAAUAAUCAAUUCAAUAUUGGAUGGAUCCUUAGUGAAUGUA